AAUAAAAGAACGCAUCCAAUAAAAAAAAGUGAUAUGAAAAAGAUUGUUUAAAAGAAAUAAAAAAAAAAUAAAAAGGAGUUCAUUUUGACCACAUACCAUGUAUUUAAAUUAUAAUUACUAAUAAUAUUUUAAAUACUAUGUAAUAUAUGAUAAUAGUGUCAAAUAUUCAUUUUCAAAUAAAUAAAUUGAUGGAGUUAAGUAGGUGAGAUGGAGAAGAUAAUCUUCCUUGCUUGAAUCCGCAAUGAAUCUUGCCUUUGAAAUGUUAGCAUUUUUCUUCAAAUUAUGGUUUCUCAAUUGAAUGAAUUUAAUUGGUUUUACACAUUCAUGUAAUGCUGAGUUUAGUUACAACAUACGGGGAAUUCAUUUCAUCAAUUACUCUCUUGGGUCUCUUCCUCCAAACAAACUAAGUUGAUUUAUUUAUGUUGUAGAUCCACUGGCCAGUCAGCAUGAAAAGGGGAUCAGCCGGAUUCGAGAAAGAAAAUUUGGAUAAACCCGACAUUCCCAGCACAUGGAGAGCAAUGGAGGCACUCUAUGAUUCAGGCAAGACUAGAGCCAUAGGAGUGAGCAAUUUCUCUUCAAAGAAGCUUCAUGAUUUGUUGGAUAUAGCAAGAGUUCCUCCUGCUGUUAACCAAGUGGAAUGCCACCCUGGAUGGCUGCAGCCAAAGUUGCAUGCAUUAUGUGAAUCCAAAGGAAUUCAUCUAUCUGGAUAUUCUCCACUAGGCUCACCAGGAGUUCUGAAAAGUGACAUUCUUAAGAAUCUUGUAGUCACAGAGGUUGCAGAGAAAUUGGGGAAGACACCAGCACAAGUUUCCCUUAGAUGGGGAUUGCAAACAGGUCACAGUGUGCUUCCUAAGAGCACUACUGAGUCCAGAAUCAAGGAAAACUUUGAUGUCUUUGACUGGUCUAUUCCUGAAGACCUGAUUCCAAAGUUUUCUGAAAUGACGCAGGCAAGUAGUUCGUUACUAACUAUGAGUAUAUAUGACCAAGUUUUAUGUUCUUUCUCUUGAUAUGCAUUUUCUCUACUUCUUUUACUACAUUGCAUUAUGCUUGUGUCUCACUUAGAAGCUUCAUUUUUUGAAUUAACACUUGGAUUUUACUCGUGCAGGAUAGGUUAAUUAAGGGCAAUUUUUUUGUUGACGAGACCUAUGGCGCUUAUAAGACAAUUGAAGAACUCUAGGAUGGUAAACUCUGAGCAAUGUUUUGUACUGGGACUACACACCACCCGGUCAAAGUCAACACUAAAUACACCCCUUCGGCCUUGGAAAAGACUGAGAUGUACCCAAAAUGCAAAACAUACGCGAGUACCCCCUUUAG